AGGGGCUUGCUCUUGCAAAACCAAACCACAAGUCUGACUGAACGAAGAAGGCAAAACUCCACCAUGCCCAGCUCAGCACUGCUCUGUUGCCUGAUCUUCCUGGCCGGGGUGGCAGCCAGCCAACACCAGGGCACCCAGGCUAAGGACAGCUGCAUCCACUUCCCAGACAGCCUGCCCCACAUGUUGCGGGAGCUCCGAGCCGCCUUCAGCAGCGUGAAGACUUUCUUUCAAAUGAAUGACCAUCUGGACAACUCGUUGUUGAGCCAGUCUCUGCUGGAGGACUUUAAGGGUUACCUGGGUUGCCAAGCCUUGUCGGAGAUGAUCCAGUUUUACCUGGAGGAGGUGAUGCCGCAGGCUGAGGACCAUGGCCCCAACAUCAAAGAGCACGUGAACUCCCUGGGGGAGAAGCUGAAGACCCUCAGGCUGCGGCUGAGGCGCUGUCAUCGAUUUCUGCCCUGUGAAAACAAGAGCAAAGCGGUGGAGCAGGUGAAGAGUGUCUUCAAUAAGCUCCAAGACAAGGGUGUCUACAAAGCCAUGAGUGAGUUUGACAUCUUCAUCAACUACAUAGAAGCCUACAUGACAACAAAGAUGAAAAACUGAAGUAUUCUAGUGAAGAAACCAUCCAGGAUGGUGACUCUACUAGACUCUAGGACAUAAACUGAAGAUCUUUGAAAUCUGAUCCAGGGUUCUGGGAGAGCAGAACCAGCCCCCUGGAAAACCCUAUUGUACCUCUCACCUAGAAUAUUUAUUACCUCUGAUACCUCAACUCCCAUUUCUAUUUAUUUACUGAGCUUCUCUGUGAAGUAUUUAGAAAGAAGCCCAAUAUUAUACAUUUUUUCAAUAUUUAUUAUUUUCACCUGUGUUUAAGCUGUUUCCAUAGGGUGAUACCCUAUGGUAUUCGAGUGUUUUAAGAGAAAUUGUAAGUUAUAUAAGGAAAAAAAAUUGUUCCUUGGGGAGUCAACUGCAGCUUCAUUUCCAAGCCUAACCACACUUGACAGCUGUUGGGCUAUUUUCCCUGACCUCCCUCUAAUUUCCCUUGUCCCUGGGCCUGGGGUUCCCGGAGUGUUACAAAGACUCUUAUGCUCGUAAGAAGAGAAACUAGGGAGCGCCUUUGACAAUUAAUAUUCCAGUGGCUCUGAGGGAUUCCCCUGACCUCAUUCCCCAGCCACUUCACUCUUGAAAGCUGUGGCCAGCUUGUUAUUUAUAACAACCUAAAAUUGGUUCUAAUAGAACUCAGUCUGUACUAGAAGCAAUUCAAUUCCUCUGGGAAUGUUACAUUGUUUGUCUGUCUUCAUAGCAGAUUUUAAUUUUGAAUAAAUAAAUGGGUCUUAUUAAAA